UGUCAACAUUUAAUUUUCUAUAGUUCACAGUUAAGGAUGGCUGAUCGGCAAGCAGUGUUAGAUGGAGAAGAUCCUUCAGGUCGUAGAAAGCGUGCAGACUUAAAGUCAUACUAUGGGCUGGAUGGCUCAGAUGAAACUAAGGAUCAGAUUCCAAAAGGAACUGUGAGCAGAAUGGGAGGAAGUGCAGACCCUUGUGAUAUUAAUUCUUCAUUGUUCCAACCAGAUGUCUACCUCAGUAGACUUAUUCAGGAUAGAUCCCUUGUAGAACUGAUGGAAGAAGAGCAGAAUAUGGUGAAAGAGAUUCGAAGCCUUGACUCAGAUAUGCAGACUCUAGUGUAUGAAAAUUACAACAAAUUUAUUAGUGCUACAGAUACAAUCAGGAAGAUGAAAAAUGAUUUUAAAAAGAUGGAAGAUGAAAUGGAUCACCUUGCAGCCAAUAUGUCCAAGAUUACAACAUUCUCAGCAAGCAUCAGUGAUACUUUACAGGAUCGUCGCCACCAAAUUACAAAGCUUGCUGGUGUCCAUUCUCUUCUGAAAAAGCUCCAAUUCCUAUUUGAGCUGCCUGCCCGCCUAAAGAAAUGCAUUGAGAUGGAAGCUUAUAGUCAGGCAGUCAGGUAUUAUACCAAAGCCCAGCGUGUUCUGCAUCAGUACAGCCACAUGCCCAGCUUCCAGGGAAUCAACCAGGAUUGUGAAGCCAUCAUUCAACAGCUGUGCCAGACCCUUCGACAGCAGUUUAAAGAAAAAGAAUCCACUCCUAAGCAGCUGGCUGAAUGUGUGGACCUUCUGCUGCAGCUUGAAGAGCCACAGGAUCAGCUAUGUGAUGAAUUCCUUGCCCAUGCUCGUCAAAAGAUUGAUGAAGACCUGCAUGAGCUCAAGCGACAGAUCAAGUUGCAGUCAGGGCAAACUUUACCUGUGGAUGAAGAGAGAACUGCAAAAGUUUACAUGAAUACUCCUAUGGAUGUGCUUGAGUUUGUGGAUGCUGGGUGCAAUGGAUUUCUCAGCAACAUGUGCCUGGUUAUUGCCUCCUACAAUGAUAUGUUUCUCUCAAGAGCACAAGUGGAUGAGCAAAUGGAUGCAAUAGUUCUUCGAAAACUGGUGCUGUUUGUUAACGAUCUAAUGGAGCAGUAUUUCGACUUUGUAAAACAGCGUGUGCAGCUAGAGCGAGAAACUGGUGAUAACACCAUCCUUGUUCGGGCUUUGGACAGAUUCCAUAGGCGUUUGCAGGCCAUGAACAAACUUUUACCAGAUACAGAUUUUUCAAGAGCUGGUACAGAGAUCGUUUCAAAAGCCGCCAAAGACAGGGCAGGACAUUAUCUGCAGAUGCUUAAAAGGCACUUUGCAGUGGUGUGUUUUUGUUAGAUUCUCUUGACAGACAUUCGGCAGAGCCUAGCUGCUCCACGGCUAGUGGGAAAGCAAGAUGGUGUAGCAAGACUGGCAGAAUUGCUGGCAAACAUGCAGUCAUCAGUAGUGGAGCAGAUGAAGUCUGUCCUGGGUAAUUUGCAGGCUUUCAUAGCCCCAGACAUCACAUUUGCCAUGAAGCCAUACUUUCGUAAUCCUUUCUGUAACCAGGACGUUAGGGAAGGCUUGGUAGUUGGCUUCAUCCGACACAUCAGCAAUGUCUGCAAUGAGUUUUGUGAGUCUGGCAAUGACAGAGGAUCAGUGCCACCAGCUCUGCUGUUGAUUCUUUCACGCUACUGUAUAGAUCUGGAGAAUGCCACAAUUUCAUAUCUGCUAUCGUUAACAGAGGAACAGUUUCUUGUUGAGGAGAGAGCAGCUGGAGUGUCAGUCACAGAGCUGUGCAGAAUGGCCAAGUCUGCAGCACAGAGACUCCUCAACCAUUAUGUUCGUGUUCAGGGUCUUAGUAUCUCGCAGAUGUUGAGAAAAAGUGUAGAGACCAGAGACUGGCUGAACACAAUUGAGCCACGUAAUGUCCGAGCAGUUAUGAAGCGCGUGGUGGAAGAUAUGACUGCGAUUGAUUCUCAGGUUGGACAGUUGUAUGAAGAAGGGGUAAGAAGAGAGCGAAGCAGUGACUCAAGUCGCCGAACUCAUCCACAUAGUAUCCAAGCAAACAAACGACUACAGUGGAGUUACUCUCCCAGUGUGGACAACAGCCUUAUGAGCAACAUUCAGAAGUUGUUUUCUGAAAAGAUAGAAAUCUUCAGUGCUGUGGAGUUCUCAAAGGUUUCUGUGUUGACAGGCAUUGUCAAGAUAAGCUUGAAGACAUUCCUAGAAUGUGUGCGUCUGAGGACUUUUGGACGUUAUGGUCUGCAGCAAAUACAGGUGGACACACAUUACCUUCAGCUUUACCUGUGGCGCUUUGUCUCUGAUGAGAACCUUGUGCAGGUCCUUCUGGAUGAGAUUGUGUGCAGCGUCGUGAAUCGCUGUGUGGAUCCCAUCAUGAUGGAGCCCAGUGUAAUAGAUCUCAUAUGUGAACGAGGAUAAAUAUGCAGCAUCUGAGAAAUCCAACACAGAUGUCUACCAUUAUUGAUUUGCAUCAGUAAAGUAGUAAAAGAAUUAUAGCAUAUUUAGUUAUUAAUUUAAAAUUAUGUUAUGCAAUAUUGCAUUCAAAAGAGAAUAUUAUGGGAGUACAAUAGAGAGAAGCUGAGAGUGAACCUGGGUAAAUGAUUGUUGGUAGUGAAGAAAGGGACUCUUUUUCUAACAUUUUGCUGAGAAAAAUGUUUGGCUGUGUGCUAUUUCAUUCUCAAGAAACGGCAAGUUUGAAAAGUGAAUUAUGGUUUGGUAGUGAGAGUAUGAUGGCAUGGAAGAGGUGAGAAACUAUUCUAGAGGAGAAAGAUUUUGCAUUGCGAAGUUUUCAAAGCUCACAUUUUGCUUGCUGAGAAAUCACACUGAACUUGUGCAGCCAGCAAACUGUACAUUUUGAAUGGUGGGCACACUGGAUUUUUUAGUCUUAGGUUUUCCUUAUGAUUGAUAAUUUAAUAUCAAUAUAUCAAUCUUUUUUCAUUCUACAAUCUUUGAUUUGGACACUAAAUACAAUAGUAUUUCUUUGAAUACAUUAAAUCACUGAAGUGCGUGAGGUGGGUGUCCUUGCAUAUGUGGGAGUGGGUGCAUUUGUAUGCAUAUGUUUCUUGCAUGAUUUAAUUCAUGAUGGUGCUGACCAGCUUUCAAAUACACUUUGUUUGUGAACUAAAUGCUCGAAUCUGUUGUAUGUAUAUAAUGUUUGCUAUAUUGUCUUAAACUUGCUGAAGGGAAAAAACCAACCUUGGUGGGUGAAUAAAUGACUAUUAUAUCUCAAACUGUU